AUGGCACCAGAACUUGCAAUGGAUUCAACACCACUACUAUGCAACCUUCACUUUGUGUUCAUCCCCUUAAUGGCACCAGGUCACAUUCUUCCUAUGGUGGACAUGGCCAAGUUGUUGGCAAGGCGUAAUGUGAAGGUGACCAUAGUCACUACACCCCUUAAUGCUAUCAAAUUCAGAGCCAGCAUUGAUAGAGAGAUUCAAUCUGGUUCACCCAUCCAAAUUCUACUUGUUAGAUUUCCAAAUGUUGAGGCUGGAAUACCAGAUGGAUGUGAAAGCUUAGAAACUCUGCCUUCAAUGGAUCUUAAGGAGAACUUCUUCAUUGCUUUAGCUAUGUUGGAGCAGCCACUAGAAGAGCUUUUGGAAAAGCUAAAACCUUUUCCAAGUUGCAUAAUAUAUGAUAAGCAUAUUCCAUGUGUAGCUGAUAUUGCCAUCAAGUUCAAAGUCCCAAGAAUAAUAUUUGAUGGUACUAAUUGUUUCAAUCUCUUGUGCAAUCAUAACUUGCAUGCUUCUAAGGUCUAUGAGAAUGUUUCUGAUUCAGAUCAAUUUGUUAUCCCUGGAUUACCAGAUAGAAUUGAAAUGAGAAAAUCUCAGUUGCCCGUGAUAUUCAAUCCUGGCACAAACCAGAAUUUGAAUGCUAUACGUGAGAAAAUAGCGGUAUCUGAAGCAGAUUCAUAUGGGAUAGUGGUGAAUAGUUUUGAAGAGUUGGAAGCAGAAUAUGUUAAAGAGUAUCAAAGGGUUACAGGAUAUAAGGUAUGGUGUGUUGGCCCUGUAUCACUAUCAAACAAGGAUGAAUUGGACAAAGCUCAAAGAGGUAGCAAAAGCUCAAUUGAUGAAAGCCACUAUGUGAAGUGGCUUGAUUCAUGGCCUUCAAGCUCGGUUAUUUAUGUGUGUCUUGGUAGCCUUAACCGUGUAACAUCUGAGCAAUUGAUAGAACUUGGUUUAGGAUUGGAAGCAACUAAAAGACCAUUCAUUUGGGUGCUAAGAGGAGCAUAUAGGAGAGAUGAAAUGGAAAAGUGGUUGUUAGAAUAUGGAUAUGAAGAGAGGGUCAAAGGCAGAGGAAUUUUGAUCUGGGGUUGGGCACCACAAGUGUUGAUAUUGUCACAUAGAGCUAUAGGAGCUUUUUUGACACAUUGUGGUUGGAAUUCAACACUGGAAGCAAUUUGUGCUGGUGUGCCAGUGAUAACAUUUCCUAUGUUUGCUGAUCAGUUUUACAAUGAGAAGUUUGUUGUACAAGUUAUUGAGAUUGGCGUGAGUGUGGGAGCUCAAACUGCUGUGCAUUUUGGAGAUGAAGAGAAGUUUAAUGAAGGUGUUCAAGUGAAUAGGGACAAUGUCAAAGAGGCUAUAGAGAAGGUUAUGGGUGAAGGUGAAGACAAAGGAAAGAGAAGAGAAAGAGCUAAAAAGUUUGCAGACAUGGCAAAGAAAGCAAUAGAAGAAGGUGGAUCUUCUUACCGCAACAUGUCUCUGCUAAUUGAAGAUAUCAUCCAUGUCACAUUGCUACAUUAUAGCUAA